CUGAACUAUUAUGUUUUUUAUAGCAAUAUCCGAUAGUACAGUAAUAUUUGGGCAUGUCGCGUAACUUUUCACGAUCAACACUAUUCAUUUUAUUUAUUUUAAUAAUUUCUUUAUCUUUUAAAUAUUCAUCAAUAUUCUGUUCGAAACCAUAUUUCUUAGCUUCUUUAAUUGUAAUAAUAGCACUUGAUGAUGCUUUCUUCCAUUUAUAUUCAACAUAAGUUUCUCCAUCAGUCCCAUCAACCUCAAAUAUACGGAUAAUGUAUUCAAAGUCUUUUUUAGUCGGUCUUUGUUCU